AUGCUUGCACUGUGUCUGCUUUGUGCCCUGCUAAUGAUGGUUUGGCCUGCCUCUGCAGCCCCCGCAGGUAGCCUGGAGCUGGCACAGCAUGAGGAGCUGACCCUGCUCUUCCAUGGGUCCCUGCAGCUGGGCCAGGCCCUCAACGGUGUAUACAGGGCCACAGAUGCACGGUUGAUGGAGGCCAGGCAUAGCCUAGGCCUCUACAACCAUGCACUGGGGCUCCUGGGGGAGGAGGUCGGCCAGGGCUGGGAUGCAGCACAGGAGCUACGAGCAAGCUUAUUGGAGAUACAGAUGGAAGAGGAUGCUCUAAAGCGACAGGCAGAAGCCACGGCCCAGGCACUGGGGGAGGCAGCCCAGGGACAGCAGGUGCUGCGGGAGAGCAUGAAACAGCUAGAAGACCGGCUGAGAAGUGUUUGGCUGGGCCGUGCCCACCAAGAAUUUGAGGCCUUAAAGGCCCGUGCUGACAAGCAGAGCCAUAUCAUGUGGGCCCUCACGGGCCACGUGGAGCAACAGAGACGGGAGAUGGUGGCACAGCAGCACCGGUUGCAACAGAUCCAGGAGAGCCAUGCACCUCGGGACGCUUCCACGCCCCAUGUGGCCUCUGCACAGGGAGGAGCUGCCUGUCUGUGGGGUCAGCCAGGCUGUCAGGCCCCGCUUCCGGCCACGGAUCAGAGACAGAAGCAAGUGGGGACGAAGGUAGAAGACAUGGCCCCACUGAGGGGUGAAGGAAAGACAUGUGUCCCUUCAUACCUACACAAACAUUAA